GAUAUUUAUUCAUUAUUAUUGGUUUUGCAUUUUGGCUAUUGUAUUCAUUGUAAUAAAUAAUAAAAUCGACAGUUUAGCCUUUUCUGAAUCAAUAUAUAAAUGUUCGUUUUUCCACGAUCAUGGUUCGAAUUUGAAUCUUGUGUUACAGAACUUUUCUGAUGACGGGAAAUGUGGUGAAAGUAAUUGGCGAGCUGCUGGAAAUAAAGGAAAACGAAAGAGUCGUCUAGACGAAACAGGACUGGAAAUUGCAGGUUGCCGGCAUGCAAUUGCUCAGUGGGCUGUAAACAUGUUUCGCGGAGAGAUUUAUGGCUACUCUAAUUACAUCCAUGUUCACAAAAUGAUUCCAAACAAUGUUAAAUACAUUUGGCAAGAUAUCAUAUGUAAAUAUUGGAAGUGGGCAGUGAAGGCAUCAAAGUCGGAUGAGUCAAAUGCUCACGAAAUAAAACCUGCUUUAUCUGUGAUGCAUGCCAAAGCACAUAAUUGGACAUGCCAGGUAUUGUGGGGAGGACGGUGGCAAAAAAGGUUCUGCAUAUUCCACAGGAGAGGAAGUUGAGCAGAUUAAUAGUUACCUUUCGAGACUGGCCAACACUACAAAGUACAUGUUACCCGAGUCAAGAGAAGAACUCAUAACUGAACAUGCUCUUGCGUGGAAUAAACGGAAAAUAUGUGAUCUGUCCAGCUCCCUCUGCAAGAGAUAUGCAAAGUAUAUAGAAGCUCAAGAAAAUACAAGGAAAGAACUUGAUGAAAUGGUUUCUGGCGUAAAUCUCUCCGAACCACGUUGA